AUAUUGACCUUGACUUUGGGGACAGAAACAGAGCGCUCCAUCGAGGCAAAGCAAGAAAGCAAGAAAGCAAGCAGACGAGCGGCUGCAAGGCAUCAUGAAGACUCUGACUCUCCUCUCCAUCUGCGCUCUUCUGGCGGCGUGCUGGUCCAUGGCAGCUGUGGAACCAGAAGUAGUCGUGGACCCGGCCGCCGACGUGACCGACGACGCAGCAGCCGCCGACCCCGCAGCCGUCGACUCCUCCGACUCUUCCUCAUCCUCCUCUUCCUCCUCCGAGUCCGACUCGGCCUCGUCCUCCGAGUCCGACUCCAACUCCGCCUCCGACUCCUCAGCCUCCGAGUCCUCCGAGUCGUCCGAGUCCGCGUCCUCCGAGUCGGACUCCUCGGCAUCUGACUCUGCGGCUUCGUCCUCUUCAUUCUCCUCUUCAUCUGAGUCAGCCAGUGAUGAAGCUUCUCAGGUGGUCGUGAAGAGAGACUUGGCCGCCGCCCUCCUGAGGAGCAGGAGAGCAACCCCAGCAGGAGACCUGUCCCCCCUGCAGAUGGAAAGCCUCAGAGAGGUGUGCGAGCUGAACACCGCCUGUGACGACAUGGCCGACACCGACGGCAUCGUCGCCGCCUACACCGCCUACUACGGACCCGUUCCCUUCUAAGCUACAGACUCUGAACUCGUCCCUCCUGUAACCGAGCGACACAACAACACCCUGAAUCCAGACUAGGAGCAGACAAUCACCAAUGAGGCCUUGGGCCUCGUGCUCACACUAGGUGGAGCGUUUUAACUUUUUAAAUCCUUGCACAAGUGAUCAGCUUUAGGGGUCAGAUUGGAAAGGGCCACGUCCAGGCACAUGGAACCACAAGCUGGUGACGUUUUCCGUCACCAGGCUUGGUUGUGUCAACAGUGUAAUACAAUGAAUGGUGCUACAAGUGCAAACGUAUUGUAUGUUAAUGUGUUAGUGUUUUUUAUUAUUGUUCUUUAGUCUAGAAAUAGUAGUUUGAGUUAUGUAGUAGUAGAAUGUAGUUUUGGUAGAAGUAGAAUCGUGUUGUUUUUAAAAUGCACAUCAGUUAUCUGUUAUGACUGUAAACCACAAAUUGCCUCUGGGUUUGACAAUAAUAAAUUAUUUUGUCCUGUAAA